AUGGGGGACUUUGAGAAGGGCAAGAAGAUCUUCAUGCAGAAGUGUGCCCAGUGCCACAACAUGGAGAAAGGAGGCAAGCACAAGACUGGCCCCAAUCUGAAUGGGCUCUUCUGCUGCAAGACUGGGCAGUCUCCCAGAUUCUCCUACACAGAUGCCAACAAGAACAAAGGUAUCACCUGGGAUGACAAUACAUUGAUAAAAUACUUGGAAAACCCCAAGAAGAACUUCCCUGGAACAAAGAUGAUCUUCACCAGCAUUAAGAAGAAGGCAGAGAGAGCUGACUUGAUAGCCUACCUUAAGAAGGCCACCAAUUAA